AUGGCACUGCAGAAAGACAAGCCUAAGAGGUCAAUCUGGAAGUUUAAUUUGGACUAUACUCAUCCAGUAGAAGAUGGAAUUUUUGAUUCUGUAAAUUUUGAACAAUUUCUGAGGGAGAAGAUUAAAGUCAAUGGAAAAACUGGAAACCUUGGGAAUGUUAUUCACACUGAAUAUUUCAAGAAUAAGAUCACAGCUGUUUCCAAGAAACAGUUCUCUAAUAGGUAUUUGAAAUAUCUUAUGAAGAAGUAUCUAAAAAAGGAUAAUCUUCAUGUUUGGCUUCACGUGGUUGCAUCUGACAAAGAGACUUAUGAACUCCAAUGCUUCCAGAUUAGUCAAGAUGAAGAUGGAUCAGAGUCUGAGGACUAG